AUGGACCCAGAAGCAAAGCAUCUAGCAUACCCGCACAUUAGCUCGUAUAACAGAUUUAUUAGCUCUUCGCUUCCUAAGCUAGCACGGAGCUUUAAGCCCGUAACUGUCAUCGAUAAACACAAUAAUUCCAUUACGGUGUCAAUAGAGUCAAUUAGGCCAGAAAAACCCGUUGCAGUGGAGGGCAAGGGCAAACAGAUAAUAAAGCGCAGAUUGCUGCCAGCUGAGUGCAGGCUGACAUCGCAGACGUACUCCUCAGAGCUGCUGCUUGACUUGCAGAUAGUAACUAACGAAGUGCCCAGCACAGAGACUAUUUCUCUAGGACACAUUCCUGUUCUCCUGCGCAGUGAGCUCUGCCAUCUCAGCACAAUGUCUGAGAGUGAGCUCAUAAGCGCAAAAGAAGAGCCAACUGAUCUUGGCGGAUAUUUCAUAUAUAAAGGCACAGAAAAGAUAUGCAGAUUGAUCCAGAUACAGAAAAAGUACUGUCCUUUUGGGGUGUACAGGCCCAACAUGAGCAAAAAGGGAAAGGCUAUGUCAGAGCACGCUGUGUCGUACAAAUCAAGCUUUCCCAACGGACAGGCAUCGAUCAUAACUCUGCACUACUGCACAGACCACUCGAUCAAGCUGAGAGUCAAAAAGCUGAAAAAAGAAUAUUUCAUUCCUCUCCAUCUGGUGCUAAGGGGGCUCUCUGGAAAAACAGACAAGGAAAUAAAAGAGUCAUUCCGCGCCAUCUUAAGAGACGACAGAAGCACAAUGGAGUACGUUGAUUUGCUGCUCCAGAGCUUCUCAUUCCACAAGGAGUACACGCAAAAAGAGUCACUUUCCUAUUUGGGAAGUAAGUUCAAGGUGUACUACCAAAUGAGCCCAGUCGAUCUAAUAUAUGCAGAAAAACUUGUGCGAAAAAGAAAAGAAAAAACCACAGAAAAUGAAACCCCUGCAGAGGAGCUAUCUGCUGCUCUAUCACAGUACUUGGAAAAGUUCUCAGACGCAGAGUAUGGAAUGAAGUUCAUCCAGGACACAGUGGCAGUGCACACACAGUCGCUUUCUGAGAAGUACGAUCUGCUCAUUCUUUGCAUCGUAAAGCUGUUCAAACAAGUCGACGGGAAAAUACCUGCUGAUAACGGUGACUCAGUCUCCUCCCACGAGCUGAUUACAGUUGGCGAUACCUUAAAUGAACUACUAGCAGAGAAACUCUAUUGGGUGCAGAGAGCACUGCAAAGCCACUUAGUUGCUGCAGUGCACUACAACUCUACGCCAGUUUCCGAUAGUGCUGAAAUCAGCAAAAUACUAAAAAAAGUAUUUACCCCGCUGGAUGUAUCGAUAAAAAAGUUGCUAGCCAUGGGAAUGCUAGCAUUCAGCAACAUAAAUACGUACGCAAUGAUGCAGCAGGCAGGAUUUACCAUCACUGCAGAAAGAUUGAACUAUCUCCGAUUUUUCAGCCACUUGAGAAGUGUGCACAGAGGAGCAUUCUUUGAGAGCAUGCGAACAAGCACAGUGCGUAAGCUCCUUCCAGAGUCCUGGGGCUUCUUGUGCCCUGUGCACACCCCUGAUGGCUCGCCCUGUGGUCUGCUAACGCACUUAGCACAUGCCUGCGUGAUAUCGCACCAAUUCUGCUCUUUGUCCGUAUCUGAUCUGAUAAGUUACGGAAUGAGCCAUCUGCUCGGAGGCCUUAACGGGAUAUCUGUGAUGCAAAACGGAAGAGUGGUGGGCACAGUGUCAGAAAAGACAGUGGAUGGGUUUAUUGCUGCUCUGCGCCGCAGGAAGACAGAGGGCGGAAAGUUCGAGCACGCUGAGAUAGUUUAUGCAAAUGAAACUGUGCAGAUCAUCAGCACGCCAAACAGAUUUGUCAGGCCCCUCAUCAACAUAGCAGAAAAUAAAGUAGAGUACAUCGGAUCAACAGAGCAGAUGUACAUUCAGAUAGAAUCCCUUGAUAAAGACGCAGAUCCUGCGAGAUACAGCAACAGCCCGAUAAAACCCACGCACAGAGAAAUAUCGCCAACUAACAUUCUGAGUGUCGUUGCAGGAAGCACUCCCCUGGGAAACUUCAAUCCGAGUCCCAGAAACAUGUACCAGUGCCAAAUGGCCAAGCAAUCCAUGGGCACACCUCCCCACACACAGAAGUACAGGACAGACCAGAAGGUGUACUCCCUGGACUAUGUGCAGAGGCCAAUACUGCACACGGAUUUAUAUGCUAGGUACGGACUGGGUGAAUACCCUAACGGAAAAAACAUCACAAUUGCGAUUUUAUCAUACACGGGAUACGACAUAGAAGAUGCUGUCAUCCUGAACAAGGCAAGUGUAAACAGAGGAUUCCUGAGAGGCUCUGUCCUAAAAACAGAAGUGAUUGAUUUCUCAAACGCACCUGAAAUGGAGCUGGGAACGCUAAAAGAAGAGGAAGGGCUGCCGGAGAUAGCUCAGCUGAUUGAAGACAACGAGCCAAUAUACACCACAGUAAAUACAGAGCUGCUGGAAGAGAAGGUGCACCGCAACAAAGCAAUGGAAGCCGUAAGGAUUAAACAAAUAUCGAUAUACACCACAGAAAAAGGAAAAAGAUCGGCAAAUAUUACGAUGCGCAUUCCCAGAAUACCUACAAUCGGGGACAAGUUCAGCAGUAGACACGGACAGAAGGGAGUGUGCUCAAUUCUCUACGAAGAUGAAGACAUGCCGUUCACAGAGUCAGGAAGCACGCCUGAUCUAAUCAUCAACCCGCACGCCUUCCCAAGUCGCAUGUCAAUAGGAAUGUUCAUAGAGAACAUAGCAUCUAAGGCAGGAUCCAUCCUCGGAACAGAUAUAGACGGGAGCAUAUUUAAAUAUGGAGAAGUGGAUAAAAAGAGAAAUGAAAAAAAUUCUGACGGCUCUGAUAAUAUUUCUGCAAGCGACUACUUUGGAAAUAUGCUGGAAAAAGUGGGAUUUAAGAAAGGAGGAGGGGAAGUGAUGUACUCCGGCGUAACUGGCAAGCCUCUGAAUGUAGACGUGUUCUUUGGAAUCGUGUACUACCAGAGACUGCGCCACAUGGUAAGCGAUAAGUACCAGGUGCGCACAACAGGGCCUAUUGACAGCAUAACGAAACAGCCAAUAGGAGGAAGAAGCAAGUCGGGAGGUAUUCGUAUGGGAGAAAUGGAAAGAGAUGUUCUGAUCUCGCACGGAGCAAGCUCUGUGAUAAAUGACAGAAUGGUCGCAUGCAGCGACAGAACCAUCCUAAAUGUCUGCAGAAAAUGCAACGGAUUGGCGUUCUUUGAAAAGUGGAUGUGCAACGGCUGCAACACAAACAGAUUCCUUGUUCGAGUGGAGUUCCCCUACGUAUUUAAGUAUCUAGUGGCUGAGCUGGCAUCUGUGAACAUUCAGUGCAGAGUAAAACUAGAAAGAGUAGAGACAUAA